UUUCUGUCCUCCCUAAAUUUUGUUUCUGGAUUGGGAUGGCGGAAGUUGAGAGCCCUUCAGGGUCGGUGAGGAUGGGUUUGUUAAUCAACGAUGUUACGACAGCUGAAACGUUGAAGAGACGCCAAUUGGAGGACGACCAUACCGGUGGUGGUUCUCUUAAGUAUAAGCGGAGGAACGUGGAUGUGAAGCGGGAUUUCCCUAAGGAUUGCGGACGAUUUUCAGAGCGGAUGAAUGAGUUCUCGAAGGAAGGAGAUGGGAACUCCAAAGUUGGGGAAGAGAGUGGCACCAUUGUUGAACUUGAACCUGACGAGGUUUCUGGAUUUUUUGGCGGGUGUCAAGCUCUGGAAUCGUUGAACGAUUCGGUUGAGGCAGAGUCAGAAACUUGGAAGAUUUUGAAAUGGUGA